AUGGCUGCACCGCUACCGGGCUUCACCCCGCUGCUGCUCUCGUCUCUGGCACUCCACCUGCUUCUUCUCGGCCCUUUGUUCGCCCUCACCCCGGGGACGGGGAACACAGGAGGGGCUUCCAACCCAUGGACCCCCGGCCUGUGCUACCGAGACGCCGGUAAAGUCAGCCAGGAGCAACAGCGGUGCGAGGGAGCAAGGGGGACGCCGAGGGGCAGCUGGGAUCUCCGCCCGCGCAGGUGCACCGUAGAGCGGACUGAGGGAUGCUCUGGAGCGCAGCGCGCAGGAGAGACGCCGGCAGGAUAUCACCGGGAUGAUGGGGCGAGGAAGGAGAGACUGAAACGUGUCGGGACGGUUUGGGGGAGUGGAGACGGUCCACCGGCAUCAGCACCACCACCACCACCGCCACCUCCUCCUCCCCACCCAGGUGGCUCAGAUGGCGUCGGCUCAGGGGAGGGAGUGGAGAGAGGGAGGAUGGGGAGGAAGGGCGUUGUUUCCCCUCUCGCUUCACCUGCUUCCACCUCGUCGCCGGUUCUGAGCGGCAAAAAACGGGCAGUACAAAGGACUAGAGCGUGUGCGCAACGGUGGCCGGCGUCGAGGCCACACCUCGCUAAGCGUGGCGCCGCAGGAGCCUUUGUGCGCGCCUCUGGCCUGCGCGGGGCACCCGGAAGUGGCGGGGGGAGAUGGGGAGAGUGGUCGGAGAGGGCUCCUGAGGUGAGGAGGAUCUUUGGUACAUGCUGGUCCCCGACACGUGAGCACCACCACCGGUCCUCACUGCCCCUCUCUGCCGACAACCCCUCACCUGGCCCCCCAUCAACCAGUUGCUCUUGUUGCAUUCAUGCUCUUUCUGGAUACAGCUCGCCACAUGCUGAGGCUUCAAACUACACCUUUACAUGUAACCCCCGUUUCACCAAGGAUUCAGACCGUAAUCGGAGAUCACAUUUGGACCACGUGUGUCAUUUUCCAGCUUGUGAUUCCUCUCAGACCGGCUGCACACAGGAAACUGAGCCAUAUCCAGGUUACAGGAAGGGCAACAACAACAAGGCUGAUGAUGGGGGCUCAGCCAGCGUGGACAGCAGGGCCAGUAAUUGUUCUCAUUUGGGUAGGCACAAUGUUAUCGAUCCCAGCAGCGACAGAGAGGGGGGGGAUGAUAGCUGUUUGACUGGGUGCAUGAGGGAUAAGGAGGUGAGAAGUGGGGGAGAUGAGGAGGAGAAGAACAGGUGUAGAACAGUGAUUAACCCCGGUUCCAGGGGACACCUAGAAGGUUGUGGGCCCCCUCUCCAUGAUGCAAAAGCUGGAUAUAAAUAUGCCACUAUUAGGGAUGAGGGGAGGGACGAUAAGAAAGAGGGGAUGGGUGGAGGGGGGAUGAACCGAGGCAACAAACAGAUUCAUUUAUCUAAUUAUCCCUGUAAUGAUUUGGCUUUUCCAAUUUUUCCCCCAAACCUAUGUAGGGCUGAUAAUGAGCCUCGGCAUGGGAAAUCAGCACCAGAAAGAGGGCAGGGCAGCCAAACCCAGGGAGAGAGCAGGGGCUUUCCCGGUGGUUGCAGCAUUUGUUUGGACAGAAUAGAAAUGGGGGAUGGAUAUUUAGCAGAGUUUAUGGUCCCAGAGGGAGGCAUAGCUCAAAGGAAUCUCCCCAUCCAAUUUACCCCCAGCAGCAUCACCGAGACGAACAGCCAAUAUCCGGAUAUUGCAUCAAAAUACCCUGUCCCUGUUCCCAAUACACCCACUCAUGAUUAUACAGAAAGUGCAAAACUAUCCCAACCGCUUCACCUGUCUGCUGAAACAGUGACAGCAACUUCUGAGACAGAGCCUGCCGGUGACUCAGGCUUUUUCUCGCCUGCUGAGUUUUCCAUUAAAUCUCCAAGUGCUGUGUCAGCCACGUCUCGCUCUGCAGCUGCAAUCAAGCCACGUCUUCUCACGAAAGCAAAUCUGACCACAUGGCACAAUGACUCUCAAAGUCAACCUCAUCCCCUGCCUGCGGAGAACAUGAUUUCAGCACAUUGGACAGCUCCCUUAGACUCUGUGCGGGUGUUUCUCUGGAGCAAAUUCAACAGCAACAACAACAACAACAACAACGAAGAGAUAGAAAGAAACAAUCUUGAAUCCGAAAUGGAAACCUUACAAUGGGAUGGUCAAGCACAGCAGCAGGACCCGUGGGAGAGGGUCCAAACAGGGUGCCCCGACAGCCUCUCAACCGACUGUUCAUCCAAGGACCGUGCACAUGUGCAAUUAAAAUCCGGUAAGCAAGUGCCAUUAGAGCUUGGAAGUGUCAGACAGUCAGAUAGGCAGCAGAUGGGGGCCGAGGGGGAGAGGGACGGAGAGUGGGAGGGAGAGGGCUCAGAGGGGUCCGCUGCUGUUGCUGCUGCUACUGGGGGAGGAAAAUUACAGGUGGGGGAGGGCGAGAGAGAGGCGCGGCUGAUGGGAGGGAGAGAUCCAGGGGGAGAGGAGGAGGAGGGUUGGGAGAGAGGAAUAACAAAGGCAAGCCAGGCAGAGGAGAGAGAGGCAGAGGAAGGGAAGGGUCAGGGUAGGGGCAGUAGCACCACCGGCAUCACACAGCCAGAUAGGGAAAGAGAGAAGAAAGAGAGCCAGGCGGAUGAAAGCCACGCAGGGGGAGAGGUGGAGAGGGAGGAAGAGGAUGAAGGGAGGCACAGCUCAAGGGGAGAGAGGAGUCUGGAACGGCUGAUAAUAAUAGCAGAUGAUGAAACCUCGCAGGGAGACAGGCAGAGAAAGAUGCUGAUGCCGUGGCCUCGGUCUCGACGCGCAGCCAACAGACACCCCCAUUUCUCCCUGUAUAACUACCAAGUACAAGUGGCUGAGAACCAGCCACCCGGCACCUCAGUCAUUGUCAUGUCCGCCUUAGACCAAGAUCCAGGAGAUGCAGGCAGAGUGAGCUACACAAUUGCCCCGCUGAUGAACAGUCGCUCGUCUGACUAUUUCCACAUCCACCCAGACACAGGUCUCAUCACCACCACUCAGAUUCUUGACAGAGAACACAUGGAUCUGCAUUACUUCCGGGUCACAGGGACUGAUUAUGGCUCCCCUCGCCUUUCUGGCACCACAAUGGUGGCCAUUACCGUUUCAGACCGGAAUGACCAUGCUCCUAUAUUUGAACAGACAGAGUACAGGGAGACAAUCAGGGAGAAUGUAGAGGAAGACUAUCCCAUCUUACAGCUUCGAGCAACAGAUUCAGACUCCCCAUCCAAUGCCAAUAUUCGUUACCGGUUUGUUGGUGACAAGGUUGUAAUAGCACGAUCGGCCUUUGAGAUUGACCCACGCUCUGGCCUCAUCACAACCCGUGGGGCAGUGGACCGGGAAACAAAUGAGCACUACACUCUCCAGGUGGAGGCCAGCGACCAAGGGAAGGACCCGGGCCCACGCUCCGCCAACGUCAAAGUUUUCAUCACCGUGCUGGAUGAAAAUGACAAUGUGCCACAGUUCAGUGAAAAGCGCUAUGUGGUGGCAGUGAAAGAGGAUAUGAGGCCUCACACUGAGAUCCUCCGUGUGAGUGCUACAGACCGUGACAAGGACAGUAACGCUGCUGUUCACUAUAAUAUCAUCAGCGGUAACAGUCGUGGCCAGUUUUCCAUUGACAGUGUCACCGGUGAGAUCCAGGUGGUGGCACCACUAGACUACGAGUCUGAACGGGAGUAUACCCUGCGUGUCCGUGCACAGGACAAUGGCCGGCCACCUCUCUCAAACAACACUGGGAUUGUGAGUGUACAGGUGACAGAUGUCAAUGACAACCCCCCAAUCUUUGUUUCCACACCAUUCCAGGCGUCUGUGCUCGAGAGCGCCCCAGUUGGUAGUUCUAUCCUCCACAUCCAGGCCAUCGAUACAGAUUCUGCUGAUAACGCCCGUCUGGAGUACAGGUUAACUGGCACCAGCUCUGACACACCAUUCACGAUCAACGCUGCAACAGGCUGGGUAACUGUCAGCUCCAUCCUCGACCGAGAAUCUGUAGAGCACUAUUUCUUUGGCGUAGAGGCCAGGGAUUAUGGCAUGCCACCUCUUUCUGCUACAGCAAGCGUUACAAUCACAGUGAUGGAUGUUAACGACAACCGCCCUGAGUUCGUCCAGAAGGAGUACUAUUCCCGUCUGAAUGAGGAUGCUGUGGUUGGUACCAGUGUAGGGAUAGUCACAGCUGUGGACCGUGAUGUCAACAGUGCAGUGACUUAUCAGAUAACAGGAGGAAACACCAGAAACCGCUUUGCCAUCAGUACAGCGGGAGGGUCUGGACUUCUCACUUUAGCCCUCCCGCUGGACUACAAACAGGAGCGGCGUUAUGUUCUGACAGUCACCGCCUCAGACCGCACGCUGCACGACACCUGUCAAGUGCACAUCAACAUCACAGAUGCCAAUACACAUCGGCCUGUAUUCCAGAGCGCCCACUACUCUGUUAGUGUGAAUGAGGACCGGCCACCUGGAAGCACUGUGGUUGUGAUCAGCGCCACGGAUGAUGAUGUUGGUGAAAAUGCUCGAAUUACAUACUUUCUUGAGGAUAAUAUCCCGCAAUUCCGAAUUGACCCAUCCACAGGGGCCAUAACACUCCAGGCAGAGCUCGAUUAUGAGGACCAGAUGACCUACACUUUGGCCAUAACAGCUAAAGACAAUGGCAUACCACAGAAAUCUGACACUACAUACGUGGAGGUGAAUGUCAAUGAUGUGAAUGACAACUCACCUCAGUUCCUCAGCCCCCGGUAUCAGGGAACAGUGAGCGAGGAUGCCCCUCCUUUCACCAGUGUCCUCCAAAUCUCAGCCACUGACCGCGACGCACACGCUAAUGGACGUGUUCAGUACACCUUCCAAAACGGCGAGGACGGUGAUGGAGAUUUCACCAUUGAACCCACUUCUGGGAUCGUGCGAUCUGUCAGGCGUUUGGACCGUGAGAGUGUGCCAUUCUAUGAACUCACCGCCUAUGCUGUAGAUCGCGGCAUUCCACCUCAGCGGACGCCUGUCCACAUCCAGGUAACAAUUCUGGAUGUGAACGACAAUGCCCCUGUUUUCCCAGCUGAUGACUUUGAAGUUCUAGUGAAGGAGAACAGUGCAGUGGGCUCUGUGGUGGCCCAGAUCACAGCCACUGACCCGGACGAGGGCGCACACGCUCAGAUCAUGUACCAGAUUGUGGAGGGUAACAUCCCUGAAAUCUUCCAGAUGGACAUCUUUUCUGGGGAGCUCACUUCACUCAUUGAUCUCGACUACGAGGCCCGCAAUGAGUAUGUCAUCGUGGUCCAGGCCACCUCAGCACCUCUAGUCAGCAGGGCCACUGUACGGAUCCGAUUGUUGGACCAGAACGACAACGAGCCCACGCUACAGGACUUUCAAAUCAUUUUCAACAACUUCGUGUCCAACCGGUCCAACAGUUUCCCCAGCGGGGUGAUUGGGAGGGUACCCGCCCACGACCCUGAUGUGUCAGACAGGCUGUACUACACCAUCGACAGGGGGAACGAGCUUCACCUGCUGCUCCUGAAUCACACCAGUGGAGAGAUCCGACUGAGCCGAAAACUGGAUAACAACAGACCUCUGGUGGCACCCAUGCUGAUCACCGUCACGGAUGGCGCCAACAGCAUUUCAGCCCAGUGCGUGCUCCGUGUUCUCAUCAUCACUGAGGACAUGCUGGGAAGCAGUGUCACCGUGCGCCUCCAGAACAUGUCGCAGGAGCAUUUCCUCUCACCGCUGCUGACUAACUUCCUGGAGGGCGUGUCGGCGGUGCUCUCAGUGCCGGUCGAGGACGUUUUCAUCUUCAACAUCCAGCCGGACCGGGAUGCGGCGCCGGGUGGGAUCCUGAACGUCAGCUUCUCUGCUGCGUUGCCUGGCGGACACUUUUUCCCUUCUGACGCCCUGGAGGAACAGCUGUACCUGAACAGGCUGCGGCUGACGUCACUCACACAGAUGGAGGUUCUCCCGUUUGACGACAAUGUGUGUCUGCGCGAGCCGUGUCAGAACUACAUGAAGUGCAUCUCCGUGCUGCGCUUCAACAGCUCGGCCCCGUUCAUCUCCUCGCCCUCCAUCUUGUUCCGGCCCAUCCACCCCAUCGCGGGCCUACGCUGCCGCUGCCCGGUGGGCUUCACGGGUGAUUACUGCGAGACGGAGAUCAACCUGUGUUACUCCAACCCCUGCCUGAACGGAGGGGUGUGUGCCCGCAGAGAGGGAGGCUACACCUGUAUCUGCCGUGAAGACUACUCUGGUGACCGAUGUGAGUUUGACCGGCGACAGGGCAAAUGUGUGCCAGGCGUGUGUCGUAAUGGAGGAACGUGUCGGGAGCUUUCAGGUGGGGGCUUCCGCUGCGAGUGCCCUGCAGGAGGCUAUGAGCGUCCAUACUGCACCGUCACCGCCCGAUCCUUCCCACCCAAAUCCUUCGUCAUGUUCAGGGGCCUCCGGCAGAGAUUUCACCUCUCCCUCUCUUUAACCUUCGCCACCCUGGAGAACAGUGGUCUUCUCUUCUAUAAUGGACGCUUCAAUGAGAAACAUGACUUCAUGGCCUUGGAGAUCCAAGAAGGACAAGUGGUGCUCAAAUAUUCCACAGGUGAAUCAUCCACUCAAGUGAGUCCCUUCCUCCCCGGCGGCGUGAGCGAUGGCAACUGGCACACAGUUCACAUCCACUAUUACAACAAGCCAGCUACACGCUAUCCCAAGCGCAGUAUGAGUGGUGAGGCCCAGGGUCCGUCAGAUGAGAAGAUUGCUGUGGUGAGCGUUGACGACUGUGAUACCGCCUUGUCGCUUCGCUUCGGUACACAGCUCGGAAAUUAUAGCUGUGCAGCGCAGGGCAAACAGACCAGCAACAAGAAGUCUCUGGAUCUGACUGGUCCGUUGUUUCUGGGUGGAGUCCCCAACGUGCCCGACAAUUUCCCCUUCGCCACCAGGGAGUUUAUCGGCUGCAUGAAGGAGCUGCACAUUGACAGCAAGCCGCUGGACCUGGCAGGAUUUAUCGCUAACAAUGGAACAGUUCCCGGCUGCAGUGCCAAGCUGCCCUUCUGCAAGUCCAACCCCUGUCAGAACGGAGGAACCUGCAGGGUGAGCUGGGAGACGUUCUCCUGUGACUGUCCUCUGGGGUACGGAGGGAAGGACUGCAGCCACGUGAUGCCACACCCCCACCGCUUCCUGGGUAACAGCGCCCUCUGGUGGGAUCUGAAAAACGACGUGACCAUCUCCACGCCAUGGUACCUGGGUCUGGUGUUCAGAACGAGAGCACGAGAGGGGACGCUGCUGCAGGCUCAGGCUGGCCAGUACACCAGCCUGCUGUUCCAGGUGAUAAAUGGUCAGCUGGUGUUCUCAGUGACCCGCGGUUCAACCAGGCCGGUGCGUUUGCGGUUGGAUCAGGUUCAGGUGGCAGAUGGACGGUGGCACGAUCUCCAGCUGGAGCUGCGAGAUGUUCGUAGCGGCCGCGAGACACGAUAUGUUGCCACCCUGCGGCUCGACUUUGGACUUUAUCAGGGAACAGUGAUAGUGGGAAAUGAGAUUCAUGGCUUGAAGGUGAAACAUCUGCAUGUGGGAGGAGUGCUGGGCUCCGGAGAGGUUCAGAACGGGAUUAGAGGCUGCAUACAGGGUGUUCGGCUGGGUGUACGACCCGACUCCCCUGCCCUGCCACGCCCAUCAAAAACUGUCAAAGUGGAGACUGGCUGCAACGUUGGCAACCCCUGCGUCUCGUCUCCCUGCCCCUCCCACAGCCGCUGUUCCGACCAGUGGGAGAGGCACUCCUGCGACUGUGAAUCUGGUUACUAUGGAAAAGGCUGCACUGACGCCUGCCAUCUGAAUCCAUGUGAAAAUGAGGCUCAGUGCCACAGGAAACCCAGCUCCUCCCAUGGAUACAUCUGUGACUGUGGAGACAACCACUAUGGGCAGUACUGUCAACACAGGAUUGAUCACCAGUGUCCCCGGGGCUGGUGGGGGUCUCCGACCUGUGGACCGUGUCACUGUGACACCAACAAAGGCUUUGACCCUGACUGUAACAAGACCAGCGGACACUGUCACUGCAAGGAGUUUCAUUAUCAUCCGCGGGGCUCUGACACCUGCCUGCCAUGUGACUGCUACCCUGUCGGCUCCUUCUCACGCUCAUGUGACCCAGAGGCCGGCCAGUGUCAGUGCCGGCCCGGUGUGAUUGGUCGCCAGUGCAACGCGUGUGACAGCCCCUUUGCCGAGGUCACAAAUUCUGGCUGUGAAGUCAUUUACGAUGGUUGUCCCAAGACCAUCACUCAGGGGAUCUGGUGGCCUCGGACCAAGUUCAACCUGCCUGCUGCAGUGCCCUGCCCCAAAGGCUCUGUCGGUGCCGCCAUCAGACACUGUGAUGCAGAGAGAGGAUGGCUGGAGCCAGACCUUUACAACUGCACCUCUCCUCCAUUUGUGGAUCUCAAUGUUGCUCUUGAUUCCCUGGAGCGUAAUGAGACAGAGCUGAACACCAUCAUGGAGAAGAAGCUCGCCCACCAGCUCCGUGAUGUCACUGAGGCGACCACUCGACUCUACGGGAACGACUUGCAGAUCGCUGAACGACUACUAUCCCGCCUCCUGACCUUUGAGACCCAGCAGACCGGCUUCGGACUCACCGCUACACAGGACGCACACUUUAAUGAGAACAUCCUGCGAGGCUGCAGCGUGCUGCUGGGUCCUGCUACCUCUGGCCUUUGGCGGGCGCUCGCUCAGAGUCAGAACCACGUCCCAGGUGGCGGCCCGGCCGAGCUAACUGAGCUCCUGGAGCAGUACACUCAGAUUCUGGCUAAAAACAUGAAGCUCACAUAUCUCAACCCCGUGGCGCUGGUUGCUCCCAACAUUGUUAUGAAUCUGGACCGCGUUGAGAACCACACCCAUGUGCGUCGGCGCUUCCCACGUUACCACAACGCUCUAUUUCGUAGUCAAGCUUUGUGGGAUCCCUACACCCAUGUGAUACUGCCCCCUGCUGCCCUGGUGCCACAGCGGCAGCAACAACACAGCUGGAAGGAGAAGGAGCGGACAGAGAAAGAACCCUCAGCUCCUCAGAACGCUCCUCCAGCCCUUGUUGGUACCUCAGUCAAUCAGACACGAGAGUACACUGCAGCGAGACGCACCGUUUCGCUGCCGGAGCCGCCCAUCACCAUCAUCAUCAUGUUGAUCUAUAGAAGUGUGGGUGAAGCUCUACCUCCAAAGUAUCACACAGACCGGAGAGGAGUGAGGCUGCCCAGACACCCGGUAAUGAACUCCCCGGUGGUCACUAUUUCUGUCUACAACAACCAGACGUUUGUGGGCGGACACUUGGACCAGCCCAUCCUGCUGGAGUUCAAGCUGCUGGAGACGGCCAAUCGCAGUAAGCCACUGUGUGUACAGUGGAACCACAGCAGCCAGUAUGACACAGGAGGUUGCUGGACGGUGAGGGACUGUACCGUGGUUUACAGGAACACCUCUCAUGUCCGCUGUCAGUGCCACAGACUGGGCACCAUCGGCGUGCUGAUGGACAGUUCACACAGAGAGCAGUUGGAGGGCGAUCUGGAGACGUUGGCGCUCGUCACAUACUCCUUUCUGUGCCUCUCCAUGCUGGCCCUCAUCCUAACUGUCCUGGUGCUGUCCUGCCUGCGAGGCCUCAAGUCCAACACCAGGAGCAUCCAUUCAAACACUGCAGCGGCCAUGUUUUUGUCGGAGCUGGUGUUCCUGAUCGGGGUCAAUCAGACAGAACAACAGUUUCUGUGUACAGUCGUCGCCAUCCUGCUCCAUUACUUCUUCAUGUCCACCUUUGCCUGGAUGUUCGUCGAGGGCCUUCAUAUCUACCGCAUGCAGACUGAGCAGCGCAAUAUCAACUAUGGAGCCAUGAGAUUCUACUACGCCAUCGGCUGGGGCGUGCCCGCCAUUAUUACAGGCCUGGCAGUGGGAUUAGACCCAGAGGGUUAUGGGAACCCAGACUUUUGUUGGAUCUCCAUCUAUGACAAACUCAUCUGGAGCUUCGCUGGACCUAUUGCCAUCGUCAUACUGGUGAAUGGAGGGAUUUUCACGACUGUUGCCAAGAUGUCUUGCAACCCAUCGCAGAAGGAGACCAAGAAGCUGCCUGUCAUUGCGACUAUCCGUAAUGCCAUCCUUCUGCUGUUGGUAGCCACCGCCACCUGGCUGUGUGGUCUCAUGGCCGUGAACAACAGCAUCCUUGCCUUCUACUACAUAUUUGAUGUCCUCUGCCUAGUGCAGGGUCUGUCGGUGAUGCUGGUGUUCACAGUGUUUAACUCAGAGGUUCAGGAGGCCUGGAGAGUCGCCGUUCUCGGUAAGAAGAGUCCUGGAGAAGAUCCACCCAGAGCUCCUCAGAACACAAAUCCGUAUCACAAUGCAUCUCUGUUGGAGCAGAGCGGACUGCAUCGCAUCACCCUGGGCACCUCCACCAUCUCCUCUGUCAGCUCCGCCAGAGAAAAUCUUUUAGCUCGUCAGACUCUGGAACAAAACAUCGUCCACACCGGAGCGACAGACCUGGAUGUAGCCAUGUUCCACAGAGACGGAGGUGAGGACUCAGACUCAGACUCUGACCUCUCCAUGGAGGAGGAGCGCAGUCUCUCCAUCCCUUCCUCUGAGAGCGAGGACAACGUCCGUCUCCGUGGACGCAUCCAGCGGCGAUUCAAGCGUUCCAAUCACAGUGAGCGCCUGCUCACCGAGCCCACCCACAACGGCACCAAAGAUCUGGAUGGAAAUGACCUUCUGUCCUAUUGGCCAGCUUUGGAAGAGUGUGAGACGCACACGCUGCAAAAGUGGGGCUCAGAGCGCCCCCUGGGAGCAGAUUACAGCAAGGAUGCUGCCAACAACAACCAGCUUGAUGCAGCACUGACCAGUGGGGAUGAGAACGGCCUCACGCAGCCACACAGGCACCGCAAGGGCAUCCUGAAGAAUCGUAUGGGCUGUCCCCCAGCGCUCCAGGGUCUGUCCACAAUGGGCCGAGUCCCCAGUGAGCUCAACUGGUACAGAACCUCUACUCUGGGCCAUCGAGGUGUUCCUGCUGCCUCCUAUGGUCGCAUGUACUCUGCCACAGCUGGUGCCGGAGGAGGGACGGGCUCUCUGUCCCAGCCAGCCUCUCGCUACUCCUCCAGGGAGCACCUGGACUCACUUGCCCGGAGGCAGCUGUCCAGGGAUCCACUCGGUAGGCAGACGGUUGGGGGGUCGAGGGACCGACUGGACUCCAGGGGCUCCAGAGACAACCUGGAUCUCUUACCCAGGAGGAGGGAGCUGGGACUGGGGCAGGGACCAGGAUUAGGGGGCUUGGGGCUUGAUCACCAGCGAGUCUCAUCAUCCAGGGAAAAUUUGUCAGGAUCCAGGGACAGACUGGACAACCACCACGGAGGCAGUGUCCACGCCUCAAGGGAGGACUUGAGUGGAGCUGGAAUGGAGGGAUACCUCAGCGGAUCGAGGUCGCAGCUGAACACGCUAACCCGGCGGCAGGCCUCAUCCCGGGAGCACCUGGCAGGGUCGGUGAUGAGCAGUAGGUCGAGGGAGGAGCUGGACACCAAUGGAGUGGGAGCCUCAGCUCAGCCGUGUCGGGAGUGGCUUCGCACUCUGCCUCCCCGUCAGCCCUCACACCCCGACCAGCCUCCCUCUGCCUCCCCCCCUCCCCCGAUCACCGAGGAGCCUCCACAUGAGCAGCUCCCUCAUGCCAGAGGACGACUGGACUCGGCUCCUCCAUGUAGGUAUCAAGGUCAGACUGGGCCCCAGGUCGCAAGUUCAAAUAUCAACCCUCUGAGUCGACCGCAAUCGAGUGAACACCUGGAUAUUCUGUCCUCCAUCCUGGCGUCCUUCGGUUCCACUGUCCUCCCUCCGUCCCCCGCUGCCUCUAACCCUGGACCCAAUGGCUCUGCCCACGGACACUCCCCCUCUCCUCCCCAGUCUGCCACCUCCCACAGCAUAUCUGAAGUCUCCCCAGACUCUGAAGCCAACAGAAGUGAAGGACAGUCUUGAUGACAGCCUCCAUAUCCCUUUAUGCAUUGCGACUGAGCUCGGCUCACCAGGGACAAGUUCAAAGGUCAUGGAUGGUCCUGAACCACUGGGGUUCAUUGAGACAUCGGAGGACGGGAAACAAGCUAAAGACAGAGGAGACAGAGAUGGAUAGAAGGACGGAGAGGAGAGGAGGAUGUUUGUAGGCAGAUUGUACAAAGGUUGUCGAGUCAUUCUGCCUACAGUGAUCUCUGACGUUUCUUUGGACGAUGAGUCAACCACCUCUACUACCUAAAACUGUCAAACACAAAUUCCUCAGAUCUCAAACACAAACUUCAGCCUAUUCCAGACAAGAUCGGUCUAAAGGGAAAAAAAGAAAAGACUGUAAAUAACAUUUUUUAUACAUUUUGUAUCUUUUUCAUUGGAGAUGAAGACAAAAUCUCUUGUGAUGUUUUCUUUUUUUUAAAUGAUUGUGUCCAUGUGAGGUUGUGAUUGAGGUCAGUGCGAGUGCAGUCUUGUUUGUGGCUGAGGGAGAGAUUUCCCCCUUGAAGAAAAAAAAAAAGAAACAGAAAACCCCCCCAAAUUUCUCCCCGAAAAACACAUUUCCUCAGAAACCUUUCCUCAAACACGUCAACCUUGUGUAU